GCCAUGCUCCAGCACACGGCAGGAGCUGGAGGAGGAGGAGGAAUGGGUGCUUCUACCCAGACAAACACAAACAUUAUCCAGCCAGCCGUUUUCCAGCACACAGCAGGAGGUGGAGGAGGAUCGGGCACUCCCGCAGCCGUUACGCAGCCUCCUGUGAUUGCAAACAGCACAUCGGGUGGCAGCGGUGAUGGAGGAGGACUCUCUGGUGCCUCCGGUUUUGGACCAGCGGGCAACAACGGUGCGGUCCUCUCGCAGAACGCAUUCUCUGCGUUAAGCAGUGCACAGCCUGCUGAUGGCCAGAGAGAUGGACAGCAGAGCCUUCUUGACGUUAUUGCGGAAGACAUGGCAACGUGGGAAUCUUCUGGACAGUGGAUGUUUUCGUGUUACUCUCCUGAGACAGGCAAGCCUAAUGUUCCAGGCUUUGGAGAGUUCUCGGCUGAGGAGGUGCGUCUGGAGUAUUAUAACUGCAGUGCAAACAACAACACUGGCUACUACAUCAACUCUGUCAAUCAGUUAGUGCAGCAGUGGAGAAAGAGGCUGCAGGAGCUGAAGGCUUUAAAUGGCUCGGGAAAAGCAGCAAUGGUAAGUGUUGAGGAAAGUCGUCAGAUUGAUGGUGCUAGGGUGUUUGACAGAGAAUAG